AUGAACUAUUUGUAUGGAUGGGUGGGACUAGUGGUGUGCAAUGCGAAAUACUCGAAAAGAGGAUUGACAAACUCUCCAACCAGGCACAAAGAUCACUUUCCCGGACGAGGAACGAAAAGUGGAUCCGAAAUGGUUCUGGCUGAAAAGAUUUCGAUUACGAAUGGAGUAGUAAAUACGCUCAAUCAAAUAUCGAGAAGCACCACGUUCGCAACCGGUGCGUUCUUGGAACACCCACCUGGGAUUCUCGGCUUUUCCUGUUGCUUGCUUGCGACUCGCUCCCUGGAGAUGCGUAGAGAUUGCCCGUUCCGCGUAAUUGUCCGUAUCGGAAGUGAGAAGAUGUCUCGUGAGUGUUCCGACGUGGCAAAGCAGUCUGUCUUUGCGCAGGAUGACAACAACGAUGUUCAAAGUAGUCUUGAAGGUGAUGGAAGUCCUUCCAAUGUAGGGUUCGAGGUUAACGGGCCGCCUUCCGCAGAAGAGUCCGAGAAAGGCGUAGACGAUAAAGCCGAUGAAAAAAAAUCCGAUGACGUUGGCGCUGAAGAGGAAGGAUCAAGGGAGAAACUUGCGUCUGAGGAUGAUUCUGAAGAAGAAUUGAACUCCAGUGAGAGGAAAGGGAAGAGCUGUAAAGAUCGUCAUGAUCUAUGUAAAUUCUGGACAUCUGUCGGUGAAUGCCAAUCUAACAAGAAUUGGAUGGAGGAUCAUUGUCCAGUUUCUUGUGAUGUGUGCAACGGAACCAUGGCGUGUAUUGACCGCCAUCGUCUGUGCAGUUUCUGGUCAGCGAUCAAAGAGUGCGAAACGAACGCAGUUUGGAUGCUGUCCAACUGUGCAAGAUCAUGCAAGGCUUGCAAAGGGAAAACAAUAGGCCCGGGCAGCGGAUCACGCAAGGAUGGUGGUUUCCGCAAGGAAGACUGUACAUUCGUUACUACACAUGAGGACACAUCUCAUCGCAAAACGCUCUCUAUAAACGAUGUUAGAAACAGCAACGCAAACUUCAACUGCGCCCCCACUCAAAUGACACCAAACUGCAACAAAAACCUCUGCUAUCAUCUGAAGUUCCGGACAUUCGAUGGAACGUGUAACAAUUUUGAUCGACCAAUGACUGGCUCAGCUUUCAGUGCACUGAUGAGACUGAAGGCACCCAUGUACGAUAACGGGCUGAAUGCUCCCACCUCGUCGUUCUCUCGUACUCGCCCGUCAUCGCGCGAUGCGUCACGUCUCCUCCUUUCCUCUCCAUCACAGAUUCCGCACCAUUCGAACGCCCUUCUGAUGCAGUGGGGUCAGUUCACUGCUCAUGACAUGUCGAAGACGACGAUGCUUAACAACCAGGAGUGUGCCGCCUGCACGUCGAACAAAGGGCGCUGCUUCUCCGUCUUCCUUUCCAGAGCUGAUCCCACAUUUGGACGAUUUAUGUGUCUCCCUGUGGCGCGAUCAACGCCUGUGUGCGGAACUGGUCUGAGCAAUUUCAGAGAACAGUACAACGAAAACACAGCCUUCAUAGACGGAUCCCAAAUUUACGGCAGCAGCGAUCGGGACCAGUUCCUCUUUCGUCAGGGGGCUUUCAUGAAGACGAAGCUUGUUAAAAACAGGGUGUUUCCUCCUAUCGACACCAACAUGAAUGUCGUUGCCGGCGAUGACAGAGCGAAUAUUUUCGUUGGCUUGGCUUCGCUGCACACACUUUUCCUAAGAGAACACAAUAAGAUCGCUUCAACACUGCAGCGAGUGAAUCCCCACUGGGAUCAAGAGCGUAUAUUCCACGAGACUAGGAAGCUUCUUGGAGCAAUUCUGCAAAAGAUCACUUAUUUUGAAUAUCUUCCUCGGGUCCUUGGCGAUGAAUUCGAGCGUCGAAUCGGCGAAUACCGCGGAUAUAACAAGAAUACUGAUCCUUCAGUCGCGAACGAGUUCACCAGUUGUGCAUUCCGCUUUGGACAUGGCAUGAUUCAGGAGUUCUAUCCAUUCCUGAAUGAAAAAUUCCAAAAUAUUGGAGGGAUUCCAUUCAACGAAGGCAUGUUCAAGAGUAUCCAUAUCCUUAACAACGGCAUAGAUCCGCUUCUACGUGGUCUUAUGACCUUACCAGCCAAAAUGCCACAGAGAUUAACUCCGGCGGUUACUGAGAGGAUUUUUGGGAACUCUGAUCUUGGGUCGAUCAAUAUCCAAAGAGGAAGAGAUCACGGUGUUCCUGCAUUCAUCCAGUGGAGAAAAUUCUGUGGGUUGCCUGAAAUUAAGGACUUCGAUGACUUGAACAAAACAAUCUCCAAUCAAGUUGUUAUUGAUAAUCUGAAAGUAAUUUACAAACAUGUUGGUGCGAUUGACAUGUACGUGGGAUCGUUGUUGGAGGAUCCUGUGCCACAUUCGCUUGUGGGACCAACCUUAGCAUGCGUCAUUGGGGAACAAUUCAAGCGGACGAGAAACGGCGACAGGCUUUACUUCGAAAACGAGAACGUGUUCACGCCGGAUCAAGUGCGACAAAUCCGUAAAAUGACGAUCGCCCGGGUACUUUGCGAUGCCGGCGAACACUUUGCCUUUGUACCUCGACGUGCGUUCGACGUCUUCAAACCAUCCAAGGAUGAGUUGGCUCGCUGCGAUGAAAUCCCUGACAUCGACUACAACGUCUGGAAAGAGGAUCUGGAUGUGUAG